UUGAGAGGGUGGCAACUGGCAAGAAUGACGCGUGUCUGUUUUACAGUAGAUCAAACACGCAUACGAGCAGUCCAGAGCAAAUCCUGAUAAAUCCAUGUAGUCUAUCACAAGAUGUAAUUUAGAAUACCUUAUAAAGUCUAACAGUGGAGUAUUUGUCAGAGGGAACGCCCUUACAUGAUGGAUCACUUGGUGGUUACUGGAUAGAAAACAUUCCCUCGCGCAAAAGUCCACCUGCGUAAUUUUGAUUAAUGGAUUAAUGCUUUUAGCGCAAAAACCAAUAAUCGCUGCUUUUUGGGUGGUUCGAGGGGGUGACCAGCACCACCUCUUGAAUGACCCGCUGUGAAUGAAUGAGUGAUGCCGGACAGAGGAUGUAACAUCUGGAGUCUGGUGGUACUGUCGGUGUUAGAGAUGGGGCUCGGUGCGUCCAGCAUCGCCCUCGGGGUGUUCGGCAUCAUCCGAGUCCGGUCGGUUCACAAGCUGCAGCUGGGGGAUGCCUCUCCUAUAUGGAGCGGAAUUUGUUUUCUCAUCUGUGGACUAUGUGGGAUGGUGUGUGCAAAGAAGAGGUCAGGAUUGAUUAUGAUCCUAUUUUCAGCCUGCUGUAUCUGUGGGUUGAUCAGUGGGAUCCUAAACUUCCAGUUUGUGCGUGUGGUGGCAAAGCGUCCCGAUGCCCUGUCGUCCCUCUACCUGGCCAUCAUGGUGCUGGCCUGCCUGGGCAUCGGAGUGUCCAUCCUGUUUACCUGGCUCACCUGUCGUCUGGCCAGCAGCGAACAGCAGAGGAUGUACCUGGAGAGAGAGCUGUCCCUGCACCAUUCCCAUGAGAUGAGUGAAAAGGAGUUGGCUGAGAGAUCUGAGAGAGCAGCCAGCAUUCCCCAGAUCUCCUUCAAUGGAAAGUCCUCACCUCCAUUGUCAUUAGGCUGAAGCCCAGCUGUGUUACUGUAUUCAAAGCAUCAUGGAGACAAUGUUGGUUCCAUUCAACACCAACGGUUACAGGGGACGUGAUCUCUUGCAAUGAACUAAUACACAAAGGAAUCAACAUACGGCAACACUAUGAGAAGGCGCUGUGAGAUUUGACAAUCAGCUUACUAGUGACGAUGUAGGCUGAAUGAUGCACCUGGAUAGUCCCCAGACAUGUAUUUGGGGGACAUGGAAACAGCAGGUAGAGGGCACAAAGCUAUGGCACAUCCAAAGGCUCAAAAAGAUCAACGAAACCACUUGAGAUUGUCAGUGUUGAGAUGGAGAAAGACAUAACUGCUUCAGGGUUUGACUGGUCAUAGAGAUCAUGUCAUACAGUGGAAGUUGUUUCCAGUACUAUUAUUUAUUUGAAUGAUUAUUUAUGUAUUUAUUAUUUAAAUAUAUGUUUGUUUAUUCAUAAGCAUGAAAAUAUAAUAAAAUCCCAUCUGUGA